UGGACGGUUUGGACCGGUCUAUGCUCUUCCCAUUAUCUGACUUGAAAUCACGCUUGCGGCCAAAGACGAUCUAUAAAAAUGCGAAAGAUACAAGCUACAAGGGAGAUCAGUCUGUACUGAAACUUCACAGAAAUCUUACCAUGAAUACCACGACGUUUGCCUUCGGAAAGCUCUCUUCUCGAGAAUCGGUCUAUAAGCUGUCAAAAGUCCUAGGAAUUCAACCAUUGUUGAUAUCACGCAUAGACAUGGCUCGUAUAUACACUACAGACCUGUACAACAACCUCUCUGAUCUUGCUUCUGAAGAACGGAGCUUUAUCACUGACCCUUUUCUGAUUGCAGACAUCCAUUUUCUGACGACGGUGAUGUUGUUUACACCGGCAUCGUUGAAUGCAUGCCCCGUUCUUCCAGAUGGUAGUAGGAGCAAAAUGUUUGUGUUUCGGGGAUUCUGGCAAGUUGUACAGGAUACUGGUUAUGUUGGCACCAGAGCUGACUGGGAUAUGAUGCCUCCAUCGGCUCGUGCACAGAUUACCCAGUUCUAUGGUGGUCAAAAUCGCUCCACUCGUGUUGACUUACGCGAGAGUUAUAUCACACGAUAUAAGCUAAUCAAGACGAUCGUCUUUUUCUUUUCGGAUUUGAACGCAGUUGUCACUCAGUCGUCGAACGACAAGGAUGCUCUGGAACUUAUACAUAUCGGGGAUGAGGAAGGUGACAACCAAGUCGACUACUCGGAUGGCGUGACAGGCUCGAGCUUGUAGAAAGACAUCCGAGUCAACGAAACGGCGGCCAUUUAUCUUCAAACAGGUUAUCGAGCCCGCCUACUUCAAGGUUUAUUAGCCGAUUCGAUCAUUCGGUAGGACUGCUAGAACGGACAUCUUUACUUGUAUUUUCCUUCGAAAUAGUUUGUAUCACAAUCUCAGGUUUCUUUUAUUCUCAUGCUCGCUCCUUACCUUGCUCUGC